AUGAUUGUCGAAAGCCGUAACUCACGCGACUCACAUUACUCAUCGAUAUUCGAUGACUACAUUUCAAAUUCUUCACACGUCGAAAAUCCUAUAAGUCUAGCUCCAGGGCGGUUCAGCAGCACAAAGGACGUCCACAAACGUCGUCCUUCAUUAAACAUCGCUAAAAUCCGUGACAGUGUCAUCAGUCUAAGACGUCAGCCUUCUUAUGAUUUUCCGUCCCCUCAUCUUGUUAAUGGUUCGAAUCAUAAUAGAGAUUCGAUUCCACAAAGUCCUACUGCCACAUCCUCUAGUCCUUCUUACGUAUUUUCGCAUUAUUAUCAUAAUAUCAAGGAUAGAAGAGAUAGUAGCGGGGCUAGUUCUAUUGAAAGUUUUUAUAGUCGACGUAUGCGCAAGAAUUCAAAAAGCACGAAUGAAAGUGGAUUGCAGAGUUUAAUGAUCCCUCCUCCUGGUCAUAGAAUAGGAGAUAUUCAUAAUUUGUCUUCGCCAUCGGGAAGUAGUAUAAACGACGAGAGUGGAAUAAGUGAUAAGAUCUAUCAAGAGAUGAAUAAAUCAUCUUCUGCUAGUAGCUAUGAAGAGGACAUUUUGAAUUCUUCUUCACAUCCCCUAGAAAUUAUCACCACACGUAAUUCUUUGUUAACUAUACGAAAAAGUAAUCGAAUGGACAAUAUACAUCAAACAUCGACAGAUCCCGAUAGGGAUCAAUAUGGAUUUAAAAGAUCUUAUCAAUGGAUCACACGGAAGGAAUAUGCUGACUUUGAAUCAAUUUAUUCGCGAAUCCAACAACGUCGCAAAGUUAAAUGGGAUGCAUUGUUGGCAGAACAUGGUGGAAACUUACCUGGAAAAAGCUCAAAAAUCAAGCGUUAUAUCCGUAAAGGAGUUCCACCAUCAUUACGAGGACGUGUAUGGUUUCAUUAUAGUGGGGCCGCGGAAAAAAUGCGAAAUCAACCGGAUCUGUACGAGAAGCUUCUGCAAAAGUCAGAGGAAACUCGGACAGAGAACGAAUAUGUCGAAAUAAUUGAAAGAGACCUUCACCGUACAUUUCCAGAAAACAUCAAGUUCAAGUCUUCCGUUUCCCCUGCUGAUGACUCAUCGCCCACAUUAGACACAGAAAAUGUUCCAAUAAUCCAAUCCUUGAGACGUGUGCUUGUCGCGUUCUCGCUUUACUCGCCAAAUAUAGGUUACUGUCAAUCACUUAACUAUAUUGCUGGGCUAUUGUUACUUUUCAUGGAGGAGGAACAAGCAUUCUGGACAUUAGUCGCCAUCAUCCACGAUUAUCUUCCUGAGAACAUGUAUGAUAUGACAAUGGAGGGAGCUAACGUGGAUCAGGCGGUGCUUAUGAAAUUUAUUAUCGAUAAAAUGCCACAUAUGUGGGGUAAAUUAAGUGCUGGGAUUGGAUGGGAUCCAGAGAAAAUGGACGGCAAUAUGCCAACCAUUACACUUGUUACGAGCCAUUGGUUUUUAACAUUGUAUAUAAAUAUAUUACCAAUUGAGACGAUGCUUAGAGUUUGGGAUUGCUUUUUUUAUGAGCGCCAUAAAGUAUUGUUUCGUGUUGCUUUGGCGAUUUUUAAGAUUAAUGAGGAAAAAAUCUUGGCUGUAGAUGAUCCUAUGGAAGUAUUUCAAGUAGUGCAGAACAUGCCGAAACGGUUAAUUGAUUGUCAUAAAUUAAUGGAGGUGUGUUUCCGACGACGUAAAGUGAUUUCAGACAUUUCACGGAAAGAGAUUGAUCGUCAACGGGAGUUUUUCCGCGAACGUCGGAAACAACGUUUGGAAAGCAUGUUAAAUAAAUGA